GUGUUAAUUGGAACGCCUGGAAUUGGCAAGUCCUUUGCGGCUGGUUCAUUCCUCCUCUACCAACUAUUGCACUACAAUGCAGAAAAACUCCCAGUGGUUGCGUACUUCAUUAGGGGUAUGGCCUAUCUGUUUGAAAAGAAGAGUGAUGGUGGAAAGGUGACUUGGUACAAAAAAGAAGAAAUGGCAGUAAGUGUUGUAGAGGAUUUCUUUAAACAAGGUAAAGAAAAUAAAGAAAAAAGGGGAUACAUAAUCUAUGAUGUGGCUGGGAAGAAGAAAGAAGCACCACUUUCACUGCCUCCU